UACAAAUGUAGCUUCCGUCAGGGCACAGGUACAUCCUGCCAAAAUGCAGAAAUAACAUACAAGUAUUAUUUAGUCCCUGCUGCCAUUGCUCUUCUGAAUAAGUAGCUCUAUUUUUUGUUUUUAUUUAUCAUAGUCCUUUGGCUAUUUAUAGUUGUUUCUGUGUGAUUGUUGCACUGAUUGAUUAUUUUACUGCUUGCUGCAUAGCAACCUGUCCCAUGAGGAUAAUAAAGACUAUUUGAACCUUGAACCAAAAGAGUAAUAGAAACUUGAUCUGGGAAAAGUGUAGAAGUGAUACAUCUCUGCAAUGUUAAAUUGGUACUUUUCAUUCAUGAUGAAUGUGACUGUAAAAGUAAAUGUUGGGUGUUUAUUUGCUUCGAUUAGAGAAUAAUUUAAAUGCAAGUCAUUACAAUGUAAAGAUGAUUUAAAAAACUCCAUUUGAAUAUAGCUACAGAUGUCACUUUUCAUUGCAUUAUGCCAUUUAUUUCUUCUAUAUUCUUCACCAAUUUCAUGAGUGUUUGUUUUACAGGAUGCGUCUUCUGUUCCUCAUCGCGGUGAUGGUGUCUGUCACCCUUGCACACCCUCACCCCACUCUCCUCUCCCCAGAGAUGGUGGACUUCAUUAACAAAGCCAACACCACCUGGACGGCUGGUCAGAACUUCCAUAAUGUUGAUAUCAGCUAUGUAAAAAGUCUGUGUGGGACCAUACUGAAUGGACCUAAGCUGCCACAGGUGGUUCAUAAUGUUGAAAGCUUACAACUUCCAGACACCUUUGAUCCACGGCAGCAGUGGCCAAACUGUCCCACAAUCCAACAGAUCAGAGAUCAGGGCUCCUGUGGAUCCUGCUGGGCCUUUGGGGCAGCUGAAGCAAUAUCUGACAGAUUGUGCAUCCAAACUAGCGGUAAGAUCUCUUUGGAGAUCUCUGCUGAAGAUCUGCUCUCCUGCUGUGAUGACUGUGGCUUUGGGUGUUCUGGUGGUUUUCCCUCUGCUGCUUGGGAAUACUGGACAAAGACAGGACUUGUGACAGGAGGCCUGUAUGACUCCAAAGUUGGCUGCAGACCCUACACCAUCCCCCCCUGUGAACAUCAUGUAAAUGGAACUCGUCCUCCUUGUCAGGGUGAAGGGGACACUCCCAAGUGCUUGCAGCAGUGCAUUGAUGGAUACUCACUGUCAUAUCCGAAGGACAAACACAUUGGCCGUCGCUCGUACAGUGUCCCAUCCCAGCAGGAGCAGAUCAUGACUGAGCUGUAUAAGAAUGGGCCUGUGGAGGCUGCUUUUUCAGUUUAUGAGGAUUUUCUGCAGUAUAAGACUGGUGUGUAUCAGCAUGUGACAGGGGACAUGCUUGGGGGUCAUGCCAUUAAGCUCCUGGGCUGGGGGGAGGAGAAUGGGACCCCCUACUGGCUGGCUGCAAACUCCUGGAACAGUGACUGGGGAGACAAAGGUUUCUUCAAGAUCAAGCGUGGAAAUGAUGAAUGUGGAAUUGAGUCCGAGGUGGUUGCAGGAAUCCCACUCAGCUAGAUAAAUAAAUUCUGGCUGCAGAUAAUUCACCAAAUAAUCAAUUAAGAAACUUUGUCAUUGCAAAUAUGGAAAGAUUUUAUGUAAAAAAUGGAUUAUUUGGUGUCUCUUGAUUAAUGCCAUAAUUGAAAAAUGUUUUUCAUAUGUAUUUUUUCAAUAAGCUACAGAAUAUUUGAACAUCUUGAUGAAGCAAUUCAAAUCCAGGAAGCUGCAUCUUUAAGUAUAUACAGUAUACACUACUUUCAAAAAGUUAAGGAUAUUUGGCUUUUUGUAUGAUGCCAUACUUUUCCUCUUCAGUUGAACAAAAUGUGGACUUUCUCUAAACUUUUAAAUCCUUAUGUACAACUUUUCAACGUUUAAAUACUUGUUGAACAACAUAAUGUUAACUAAAUAAAUAAAUGUCAAAACCAUGAAUAGACCACUAAAUGUUCUGGUUCAAUGACAGCUUGUAUACAAACAGUUCUCAGCACACAUUCUAUGUUGUGAAUUUCCACUGUGAUUGACUUUUAAUACAUUUUUUAAAUGAAGGAAUCACCAUGGCAUGAUUCUACUACAUUCAUGAUAUAAUGUAAGUGUAGCAUGAACUUUUUACAUUUUCUGUCAAUUUAAACAAAAGUUGAAUAUCUUUUACUUGUUGUGAGCAAUGAACUUCAUUAUAUUGGGGGAAAUUUGACUGAUUAUGCAUGAACCUAAAACC